AUGGAAAACAUAUUUAGGAAGAUAGCACAAGACAACACCAAAUUCGACGCCGGAGAUGAAGAGGUCUGGAGAAAACUAUAUGAGCCAUUGUACACUGAAGUUCCUGACAGCGUUGGCAUUGUGAAGGAUCAACAAUACGGGCCCGCUGAUCGCAAUCGACUGGAUGUGUACUUUCCUCUUCAGGACCAGACUGAGGGAAAGCCGGUGGUUUUCUUUGUUCAUGGUGGAGGCUUCUUCUCUGGAGAUAAAGGAUGGAGCGAAAAGUGCUGGGCGAAUGUGGGGCUUUAUUUUGCUCAACACGGUAUCGUCGCUGUACUCGUAAAUCAUCGCCUAGUUCCGAACGUUGAAUACCCCGGAGGAGCCGAUGAUAUGCAGCUUGCUCGGGAAUGGGUUUUCCAAAACAUUGCAGCCGUAAAAUACGGCCGGGGAUCACCGAACAAGGUGGUACUUUUGGGCCACUCCUCUGGUGGCGCACAUAUUGCAAUGAACUUUUUGAUCAUCUUUUUCGCUGACGAAGAGCAGGAGAUCCGGGACGAACACCGAAAAUGCCAGUUUUCCCACCUGUUUCUGGAGUUAUUUACUUGA